AUGGAGCGCGACUACCUUUUCGGCCUAGGUAUUGACCUUGUGAAACAGUCGCUGGACCAUGAAGAGGACUUCGCAGUUUGGCUUCGGUGUGCGCUGAGUGAAGGAGACUUAGGCAAACAGUUUCCAUCCCUGUGCCAACGGCUCGCGGAGGUGGCAUGCUCCUGGCGCCAGCGCUUUGAUCCGCCUUUGUGGGCACGCUUAGCUCGUGACAAAUGCUCGACCUUGAUCAAGGAGGCCCGGGAGGCCGUCCCAGUCAUCGACUUUGUGAUACGGCACUUGGGAGAGUUGGGUGAAGCACAUGGGCAAGUCACGAUCGUCGACCUGUGCUCAGGCUUGGGCUUCUUGGGCAUGUUCCUUUCGGAGCUUCUACCACCUGAGCGUGUUCAUGUGUGUUUACUUUUGGACCAGGCAUGGCCACUCAAAGGCGAGAACCAACCAUCGGAAUACAGCCCUGGCCGCAGGGGUCGCACUCGCUUGAAUUGGGACCAUAUUUACCAACUGGCUUGGCCAAUUCCCUUGGUCACACGGCGCUGUGAUCUCAAAUUGCCAUCGACUCACGCACAGAUCCUUUCUAGACUGCUGGAGCCAGCGCCUGGACCGGUCUUUCUCUUGGGGAUCCACCUUUGUGGUGUCCUCUCCAUUCGUGCGAUCGAAACUUUCAAUCGUGGACCCAAAUGCGUCGGGUUUGUUUUGAAGCCCUGCUGCUUGCCGUCCAUGCAUUAUGCAAGGCAGCAGGUUAGUUGGACUCUUGGAUCUCACACCUUUGCAGCUGCGGAGGUUUGCUGUUGGGGCCGCUACCGGCAAAACCGCUGGACGGGGCCGGUGAAGGCCACGUUGGGGCCUCGCUUCCGCUGCUGGGCAGAGCAUCUCCACCGGGGCAUUCCAUGGACGAGCAAAGCUAUCUCGCGAGUGGAGCUGGUGGAAGGACAUUAUCAGGAUACCUAUCUUUUUGCUUGGCGGCCCUACUCCACAGAGCCUCCAUUGCCUUUAGUGGCGACACCAGAGGUGGGAAGCGGAGUUCUUUGGUUCAGGAUGUGUGUUGCGCACUUCCGGCGGAGACCAAGCAUGAUUUGA